AAACCCAGGAACUGAUACAAUGUGUGUGUGUGUGUGUGUGUGUGUGCGCAUUCUUGCGCGCGCAGAUGUGUUAUACCACAGUAGUGUACUGUACUGUGUUGAAAGUUGCAGGUAAACAGUGACGUAAUCACUGAAUGUAGGAUAUGAAGUCAUUGUUGUUUGGGACUAAAACCCAACACCUUCGCGCAGUGUGCGGCGGUUGGUAUUUAGUAGGAGAAGUUUGAGAAAUGAUCCACGCCGCCCUGAUCAGCACCCUGCGGCUGAUGAAGACGUGAGAUCCGAUCAUUUCCUGAAUGCAGGCGCAGGAGGGAGCGGGUUCCAGUCCGCCGUGGAUUUGAGGAAACUCCUCAAAACCCCCGAGAGACAUGCUGCAGUUCACAACAACAUUCGACAUUCAGAGAGAUAUUGUUUCGAACAUUUUAGCGAAAGAAGAGACAGUAGGAAGAAACAGGGACAUCGUGCUGGUCGCUGACACUCAGAUCCUGAACGUUGAGAGGGAUGAAGCUGUGGUGUAUUCCUGGAGAGGAGUCACAGGAAACACCAGAAUUGGCAAAUAUGACCCACAUACCAAACAGAAUAAGCUCCUGUACACUUUUGACAAGCAAGUGUGUAUUAGCAACUGCUCUCUGAAUAAAGAAGAAACGCUGCUGGCGGUCAGUCUGACACGGUCUGUGCAGGGAGGAGAUUUAAAACCAGUUUCAAAAUACCUGACUCUGCUUAUAGAGAUACAUCCAAUUAACAACACUAAGGUUAUAAAAGCUGUGGAUUGCAAGGUCAAAGUUCAGUUUCUGUAUCCACACUUGUCACAGAACAUGGUGCAGGAAAGCCAUUUGUUGGUGGCAGCAGAAGAUGGCUAUAUUGACAAGUACCACAUCCAGCUGGGGAGGCAGGAAGGCUGUAAAGUUGUGAUGCAGAACACAGAGCAUCUGGUGAAAGACAGAGUGACAGAUGAUUUCUGCUGGGCUCAGUGGGACUCUGACACCCAGAGACUCUUCUUCCUCACGAGCAAGGAGAAGUAUGUGCUGAAGUGUGUACAGUUUUUUCCUGAUCACAAUUAUGAGAUUCUGUUCAUACUCCCAUUGGAGUUACCCAAUGGUUCUUUCACCUCUGUGAGGCUUCUUAAUUUUGGACACGAUUACUACCAAGAGCAGGAGAACAAGGGAAUGAAACUGACGGUAUUUACAGACAAAACUGGGAUCAUGUGUGUGUGUUACAGCCAUCCUCUACAUGGCACUGAGGAUUACACAUACACUAUUGCGCUUGUGCACAAAGGUUUCAGUAAAACCUUUACAGUAGCACCUCAGGAAACCGUUCUACCAGGCAGCAUGUCGAACCUCCAGCCACUCUUCAUUUCUGUGGGUCAUUAUGUGGUAGUGUAUGUACCUGGACACUUCCUUCAUCUGAUCAACUGCCGGCAGCAAGACCUGCUCUGUCAUAGCCUAUUCCUGUCAGGUGCUGAUGCCCACGUGGAUGCGCUAAAAGUCAACAGCGUUUUAGUGAACAUUCCAGGUCACAAGCUGCUGGAUGGGUGGAUGGGCAAGAUAUAUUCCAUCAACAUCAGCCAUGAUUUCCUGCUUCAGCUGCUUAGCCCUAAUCGGCCCGAGGCCCAGCGUCUUGCUGCGCUGCACUGCGUGCUGGUCCAGCUUGAACCUGACCGGGACUUAGAGGAGAAGAUCAUCUACUGGAUUAGCGAGAACAUGAUGAGCUUUAAUGCUUUUGAUCAGAUUCAGGAGUUUAUUCUGGGUUCCGUGUACAGAAAGUGCUAUCAGCAGUCUCCCAGUCUGAAUAAAGUGCUUCCUUACUCAUCUGUGUUUGAGAAGAAGGAACUUCCUGUAGCGCUGACUGCAAUCCCUGGUGUGAAGUGCACACCUGAGCUGCUCGCUCAGCCAAUCAUUAAAGGGAAGGGCAGGAAUCCGCAGGGCUACUGGAAUGAGUUACACACAAUUAUCGAAAGGACAAAAUAUUUUGAGGCCGUGCCUAACCCUCGAUAUAGAUUCUCCCAGAUCAAGAGUGACUGGACUAAACUUCAAGCUGUACUGAACACAGACAAAAAGAAAUCCUCAAAUUACCUGCAACAACUUGAGGAAAACACCAAAAAAGUUUUGUCCAUGGUAGAUACGUGGCAUUUGGAUAAGAGAGUGGUUCCUCUCUUUCAGGAGGUGGACCAGCCACAGAGGGCGCUAAUAGGCCUGACGGUUGAGAAGCUCCGGGAGCACCUGAACAAAUUUCUGCCACAGCUGGGGAAGAAAAAGGUUGAAACGCUGGUGGUGAACUACACGGCCAAGCUGCUGGAGCUGCUCAGACACAUGCUGGAUACUCUGUGGCUGAAGCUGAACUUGGGUUCGUCUGUGCUUUGCCUUAAACAGCAAGGCAGCUUGGAGGAGUGGACAAUGUUUCAUGCCAUGUGUCGGAUUCUGGAAGCAGCUGAAGGACUUUGUCUUCCCCUCCCACCUGGUUACUCAACACUUUUGAGUGUACUGGGGGUUCGGUGUCUACCUCGCCACACUUUCUUCCUGUAUGUGGACCAGGGCUUUCUGCACCUUACUGAGCCUUUUGUGUCCCGCCUUUUGACAGAUUUAGAUAACAGUAAUCACAAUGAAGAACUGAAGUUCAGUGUCCUGAAAAGACUCCCAGAGUGCCUCGCUCAGAGAGUGUGUCAGCUUUGGGAUCAUCCAGUCAGCUCAGCCUGCAUCACCACGCAGUGUGUGAGGAGACUAUUGGAGAAAUACAACAAGACCAAGGCAUCAGUGCAGUUGGAUAGAGACAAAUUGUCACCUCGUCCUGAGUUUCUGCCUCUCGACUACCUUGUUGCUAUUCUCUCAGACAUGGAGCAGAAAGCUACGAACCCCUUUGUGGAAGAGGAGCAUGUGGAUGCCAGGUUUGUGGAGGAAACUGCACUAAAACAAACCCUGAUAAAGCUGGGGUUUGAGAGUAUGUGAACAAAAGGAGCAGACUGUAUAACUGAAGUACACGAGAGAACCCUAUUGAGAUGUGUCACACUGCAAAUCAACGCUGUGUUCAGCACUUAUGCUGCACGAUGAUUACAUGCUGUUUAAGAUACUUGACAUUCGUCUAAAAAUCUGUAACUUUCGCCCAGCACACACGUACACACUCAUUUUCCUUUCCCAUUUUAAUUUCCUUUUCCAACACUGCCUGCUGACUUUGAUAAAAGAGUUUAUCCAGGACAAAACUAAACCCUAAAGGGAUCUCUAUGUUCUGUAUAUAUAACAGUUGAAUCGAAUUAAAAGUAGGUUUCAGUUUGUGAUUGUUUUCAUCUCUUGCCAUAAUGAUAUUGCAAAUAGGAAAAUGUGAGCUUUCUUCUGUUUUUUGGUUAUUUGUUUUUUCUAUAUCAGAUAUAUUACAAAAAGCUCUUCUAUUUGA